CUGUACGAGUUCGAGGCACAACAAGAAAACACAGAUUUCAAAAAUGUUCAAGUUCAAGUCCGUGGGCGAAGUAUUCAAUAAUUUUAUGUGCCUGUGCGUCACAAUUAUUUGGGUGCAAUGCAACUUUAUAAAUGCCAUGCUCGACUUUCUGCUGCUCUGCGUGCCUUUGUCGCUGGUGCGUCCUCGAUUGCCCGACAGUGAGGAACGGCCUCUGGUAGCGGAGUGCACACUGGGUGCAAUAAGUGCGUGGCUCUUUGCGUUCUGAGCAAUUAAUGUGAAUGACGCACUUACAUCGUCAGAUGUCGAGCAAUUCUAUACGAGUACAAUCGGAAAGCCAGGGGGUAGCAAGAAAUUCACGUUCGCUUCGAGAGCAGAGAUAAGACUAAUCACAUCACUGUGCAUUAUUUAUGGCAUGGCAGGCAACAUGCCACGGAUUUCGUCACUAAAUCUAAGCAACUAAUUAUAUAUGUACAUUUCAUAAAGCUCGCCCAUGGGGUCAGAGCGUGCCUAAAAAGUUCAAGUGGAAUAAUCAAAAGUUCACAGCCCAUUUGCACCUAUUCUGAGAUAAUGCAUCAGCCUAUACUUUAAUCUUAAACUGUUAUCGAAUAGACUCAUCUGUAUAUACAUAUUUAAUUUAAUUUUAGUGAUUGAUAAUGUUAACUAUUUAGUGCUCUUUCAAUUUUCUAGUUUCUAAGUUUGUAUAAAAAAUUAUGCGAAUUAAAAAGUAUGUAUGGAUUGAGAGACUGAAAGACUUCACAACUCAAACUGCGUAAA